AUGGCGGCUUCCCGGGACCAGGUUCCUGCCUGCGUGCCAACCAGCAGCCCCAACAGGCCCAGCUCCUCAUGCACUGUGGCCUGUUUUGGCCCAACUCAGGCCUCUCGUGGCCCGCCCAGAGGUGUGAGCUCCUGCCACUCACUGGCCUCUCUAGGCCAAGGUCCUCCCUCACUCUGGCCCAUUGGGACCCAGCACAUGACUCUCGUGGCCUCUCCAGGCCCAGCCCCUGCCUGUGGGCAGCCUCUACCUCACAGUGGGCCCUCUACGGACCCGCCUUUUGCCUCGCCGUGGCCCCCUCAGGCCAUGCUCCUGCCCUUCGGUGCCCUCUGCAGGCCCAGCUCCUGCCUCACAGUGGCCUCCUUAGGCCAUGUUUCCCUGAAGUCGGCUUCUCUGGGGCCAGCUCCUGCCUCCUGGUGGCUUCUGCAGGCCCAAGUCAUCCUCAAGUCGGCCUCCACACGCCCAGCUCUCGCUUCUCGGCAGCCUCUCCAGGCCCGACUCCCACCUCACAACAAGCAACCUCUGUGUGCUCAGCUCCUGCCUGCCUCCUGGCAGCCUUUGUCGACACAAACCAUUCUCCAGCCAGAGCUCUGUAGGCCCACCUUCUGCCUACCAGUGGCCUGCACAGAUGCAGCUCUGUCUGGAGAACAGCCUCUGCGGGCCCCGCACUUACCUCCCAGGGGCAUCUCCAGGCCCACCUCUCGCCCCAUGGUGGCUUCCCGGGGCCAGAUUCCUGCCUGCCUGCCUCCCAGCAGCCUCGACAUGCCCAGCUUCUCCCACACCGUGGCCUGUUUCGGCCCAACUCAUGCCUCUCGCGGCCCGCCCAGAGGUGUCAGCUCCUGCCUCACUCUGGCCUCUCUCGGCCGAGUUUCUCCCUCACGCCGGCCCAUUGGGGCCCAGCUCAUGCCUCUCGUGGCCUCUCUAGGGCCAGCCCCUGCCUGUGAGUGGCCUCUCCAAGCCCAGCUUCUACCUCACAGUGGGACCUCUCUGGGCCCACCUCUUGCCUCGCCAUGGCCCACGCAAGCCAAGCUCCUGCCCUUUGGCGGCCUCUGCCCUGCACUUCCUCCAGUUGGCCUCUCCAGGACCGACUCUUCCUCCUGGCGGCCUCUGCAGGUCCAAGUUGCCCUCAAGUUGGCCUCUCCGGGCCCGGCUCUUCCUCCUGGCGACUUCUGCAGGCCCAGGCCUGACUACUGCCUUGCAACAAGCAACCCCUGUGGGCUCAGCUCCUGCCCAGCAACCGGCAGUGUUUGUAGGCCCAAACCUUACUCCAGCCAGAGCCUGUAGGCCCACCUUCUGUCUCACAGUGGCCUGCACAGACCCAGCUCUGACUGGAGAACAGCAUCUGAGGGCCCUGUGCUUUGGUUUCCUGGGGCCAUGUACCUGCCUGCCUGCUUCCAGCAGCCCCAAGAGGCCCAGUUCCUCCUGCAGCGUGGCCUGUUUCGGCCCAACUCAUGCCUCUUGGGACCCGCCCAGAGGUGUGAGCUCCUACCUAACACUGGCCUCUAUAGGCCAAGGUCCUCCCUCACACCGGCCCACUGGGGCCCAGUUCAUGCCUCUCGUGGCCUCUCCAGGCCCAACCCCUGCCUGUGGGCAGCCCCUCUGGGCCGGGCCUCUACCUCACAGUGGGCCUUCCCCGGGACCACCUCUUGCCUCCCUGUGGCCCCCUCAGGCCAUGCUCCUGCCCUUUGGCAGCCUCUGCAGGCCCAGAUCCUGCCUCACAGUGGCCUCCGUAGGCCAAGUUCAUGCCACGAUGGCAGCCUUUCCAGGCCUAGCGUUUGCUGCUUUGCAUCCUCUCCAGGCCCUGCAUUUCCUCCAAUUGGCCUCUCCGGGCUUGGCUCUUCCUCCUGGCUGCCUCUGCACUCCAAAGUUGCACUGAAGUCGGCCUUUCCGGUGUCAGCUCCUGCCUCCCAGUGGCCUCUGCAGGCCCAAGUCAUCCUCAAGUCGGCCACACACGGCCCAGCUCUUGCCACUCUGCAGCCUUUCCAGGCCUCUCCAGGCCCAGAACCUCCUCAUGUCGGCCUCUCCAGACCCAGCUGCAGCCUCCCAGUGUCCUCUCCAGGCCCAGCUCUUCCUCCUGGCUGUGUCUACAAGUCCAACUCCUGCCUCACAGUAACCUCUUUGGACUCAGCUCCCACCCAGCUCCUGGCAGCCUUUGUAGGCUAAAAACUUCCUCAAGACAAGCUCUCCAGGCCCAGCUCAGGCCUCACGGUGGCCUCUCCAAGAGGCUCAGCUCCAGGCCUCCGACGGAGUGUCCAGGCCCCCAAAUUUCCACCAGGCGGCUCCUCUAGCACCAGCUGGAGCCUUCCAGCAGCCUCUGCAGGCCCCCACAUCGUCCUGAAGUCGGCCUCUCCAGGCCCAGCUCCAGCACCCCAGCUGACUCUCCAGGCACAACACGGGGCCUCAAUUGGGCCUUCCAAGGCCAGCUCCUCCCUCCCAUCAGCCUGUAGAGGCCCAGCCUCUGCCUCCCUCGUGGUGGCCGCUCCAGGCUUAUCCCUCCUCCUGGCUGUGUCGACAGACCCUACCCUCACUUCACAAAAAGCAAUGUCUGUGGGCUCAGAUCCUUCUCAGCUCAUGCCAGCCAUUGUAGGCCCAAACCUUACUCCAGCCAGAGCUCUGGCAAGAUUCCUGCCUGCCUACCUCCCGGCAGCCUCGACAGGCCCAGCUCCUCCCGCACCAUGGCCUAUUUCGGCCCAACUCAUGCCUCUAGCGGCCCGCCCAGAGGCCCAGCCCCUGCCUGUGAGUGGCCUCUCCAGGGCCAGCCUCUACCUUGCAGUGGGCCCUCUCCAGGCCUGCCUCUUGCCUUGCCAUCUCCCCUCAGGCCAAGUGCCCUCUGCAGGCCCCCACAUCGUCCUGAAGGCCUCCCCAGGCAAAGCUCCGGCCACCUGGUGGCCUCUCCCGGUGCAACACGGGGAGUCAUGUGGGCCCCUCCAGGGCCAGCUGCUGCCUCCCAUCGUCCUGCCCAGCAUUUCCUCCAGUUGGGCUCUCCAGGCCCGGCUCUUCCUCCCAGCAGCCUCUGCAGGCCCAGGUUGCCCUCAAGUCGGCUUCUCCAGCGCCAGCUCCUGCCUCCCCAAUUCCUCUGCAGGCCCAAGUCAUACUCAAGUCGGCCUCACCCUUCCCAGCUCUUGCCUCUCGGCGGCCUCUCCAAGUGCACAUCUUCCUCCCGUCAGCCUCUCCAGGCCCAGCUCUGCCUGCCUCCUGAUGGCCUCUUUAGGCCCAGCCCAGCUCAGGCCUCUCGGCCCCUUCCCAGGCCCCACUUUUGACUUUUGGCAGCCUCUUCAGACCCAGAACUUGACCUCCAGUCGUCCUCUCCGGGCCCAGCCUCCUGAAUCCCGAAGGCCCAUAUACAGGCCCAGCCUCUGCCUCACAGAGGACUCGCCCAUGUCCAGUCUGCAGCUUCACUGCAGCCUCACCAGUCCGAAGCUCCUGCCUUCCGGCAGCUUCGACAUGCCCCACUCCUGCCUCCCAAUGGCCUCCUCAGACCCAGCUCACUCCUCACAACGGCCUUUCCUGGCCCACUUUGUCCCCUUUUGGCAUCCUCCCCUGGCCCACGAGCUCCUCAAGUCGGAAUCUCUAGACCCGGCUGCAGCUUUCCGGCAUCCUCUCCAGGCCCAGCUCUUCCUCUCAGCUGCCUGUACAGGCCUAACUCCUGCCUCACAGUAA